CAAAAUGUCGUUUAGCAAAAGCCAGUCACGAAUAACAUUCCUCUCUCGCUCGCGCUGUCCCUCACACUUGAGAAAUGAACUGAUAACAGAAAAAAACCGUUUCAAAAAAGGCUUUGAAAUCUCAAUUCUCUCUCUCCUUCAAGAUGUCGCUCGCAUCAUUCUCCAUCAUCCGCCACCAACGCACGGUGGCCACCGCCGCCCCUCGACUUCUCCACCACUUCCAAAUCUCCGCCAGAAAUCAAAACCCUAAACACGAAGCUCCAAGCAAGAAUCUCCUCAAAGCAAAACGAACACUCAAAGAUUUCUCCUCUCUCGCUCUAAUUCUCUCCCGCGAAGAAACUCCCCCUCUCUCCGAAUCCCAAGCCGUCGGCGUCGUCGCUUCUUCCCAAGCCAAUUUCAUGCGCGUAAUCGUCCAAUCACAACCUUCUGGAACCUUCCAGGACGCUUCUUCCAGAGGAGGAGCUGAACUGUUAUGCGUUGUGAGAGCGUUGCUGAAGAAGAUAAAGCGUAGGGUUAUGGUUGGAGAUAAGGUUUUAGUAGGUUCUGUUGAUUGGGUUGAUCGUAGGGCUAUGAUUGAGAAUGUGUUUCAGAGAAAUUCUGAAAUGCUUGAUCCUCCUGUGGCUAAUGUGGAUCAUUUGCUUGUUCUGUUUUCGCUUGAUCAGCCUAAGCUUGAGCCUUUUACGCUAACACGGUUUUUGGUUGAAGCUGAGUCUACUGGGAUUCCUCUCACUCUUGCUCUUAACAAGACUGAGCUUGUCGAUAAAGAGACCAUGGAUUCCUGGAAGGCCAGGUUUCGUGGUUGGGGCUACCAGCCAAUUUUUUGCAGUGUUGAAUCCGGACAUAACAUUGAUCUUCUCGCGUUCCAAUUGAGGGAUCAAACAACAGUGGUUGUUGGUCCUAGUGGAGUUGGGAAGUCUAGUUUGAUCAACGCCCUUAGAAGCAAUCCUCGUACUUGUGACACUGCAGAUGGGGAGAAUUGGUUUGAACCUAUUUUAGGUAGCAAGUGGUAUGACGACCAGCGAGUUGCAGAGGUUUCAACAAGAAGUGGCAGGGGGAAGCAUACUACUCGUCAUGUCUCUCUGCUUCCAUUAUCUGGAGGGGGUUAUCUUGCUGAUACUCCUGGAUUUAACCAGCCUAGUUUACUGAAAGUGACAAAGCAAUCUCUUGCACAAACUUUUCCCGAAAUCAGGAAAAUGCUUAGUGGAAAUGAGUCUACAAAAUGUUCAUUUAACAAUUGCUUGCAUCUUGGUGAACCUGGCUGCAUUGUGAAGGGGGAUUGGGAAAGAUAUUCAUUCUAUUUUCAACUUCUUGAUGAAAUUAGAAUCAGAGAGGAGUUCCAAUUGAGGACAUUUGGAACUAAAAGAGAAAGUGAUGUAAGGUUAAGGACAGGAAAUAUGGGUUCUCAGCAAGCAGAGCCACGUUUGGUGCUUAAGAAGCAUAGAAGACAGUCUCGGAAGAAGACUAACCAAUCAAUUUUAGAUGAUCUUGAUGAUGACGACAAUUUGCUUGAUGAGGAGAACGAUCCCCUUUUAAAUGCUUUGAGGAAUGAAAAUCCUUAAAUUUUUCGUUAAUCCCCGUUAUACUGAUUGUAAAUAUUUCCUUUCGGCUUGUAUCUCUGGGUCAAGUGAGUUCCCAUUAGUUUCGAUCCGAGUCUUCUGUCACUUUGGUUCUAUCUUGUACAGAGUAUGUGCAAAUGACAUUAACAAACACACCGUUCUGGAUUAUGAUGUUCCUUGCUGAUUGCAUAUAAAUGAAUUGCAAGCAUCAUCUACA